AAUCUGCACGCGCGGGCGGAGCAGCCCCGAACUCCCGGUUCGGGACCCGGACCCGGACCCGCCGCGCAGCCACAGCCCCCGCCAGCAGGCAGCGACCCGCCCCCGUCUGCGGGCAAGUCCCAGAGAAACGAACGCAGCCGAGCCGGGACCGAGCCCGGGGGUUCGGCGGCUGAAACCGGGCAGGCUCGUUAGCGCGGGGAGCCCGGCGCUCGCCCCGAAAUUACCGCGAACCCCGCGGGCCCGGGAAAGCUCCGCACGAAGGACACCAAAGCGCCGGGGACUGGGGCAACGAACCCGAGGAACUAACGAGAUUUCGUUGGUUCCGAUUCCGCGGCGCCGGCCCGGCCCCGUUGUCAGGCGAGCGGCGGCUGCGGCACCGAAGGGAAGGACGCGCCGCAGGUUCCCCCCAGCCCGGCUGGAGCAUGAAGACAGAGGAGGCGCCAUCCUGCCUGCAGCAGGCCACCCCGGUGCUGGGCUUCGGGUCGGACUCCAAAAUGCGGGAGGUUUGUGCCGGCUGCGACACGCCCAUCUCUGACCGGUUCCUCCUGCGAGUCAAUGAGCGCUCUUGGCACGAAGGUUGCGUGAAGUGUGCUGCCUGCCUGCAGCCGCUGUCGGGCACCUGCUACUGUCGCAACCGGCAGCUAUACUGCAAGCACGACUACGAAAAGCUUUUCCAGACCAAGUGCAGCAGCUGCCUGAAGGCGAUCGCCCCGUCUGAAUUCAUCAUGCGGGUGCUGGAGAACGUCUACCACGUCCACUGCUUCUUCUGUUGCGAGUGCGAGCGGCGUCUGCAGCGUGGGGACGAGUUUGUGCUCAAGGAGGGGCAGCUACUGUGCCGCAGCGACUAUGAGAAGGAGAAGGAGAUGCUGAGUGCCAUCAGCCCCGCGCCCACUGAGUCUGUGAAAAGUGAGGAUGAGGAUGGCAGCCACUCCCACGGCAGAGGCAGCGAGGAAGGCAAGGACCACAAGCGCUCCAAGCGCCCACGCACCAUCCUCACCACUCAGCAGCGACGGGCUUUCAAGGCCUCCUUUGAGGUUUCCUCCAAACCCUGCAGAAAGGUGAGAGAGACCCUCGCAGCUGAGACAGGCCUGACGGUCCGGGUGGUGCAGGUCUGGUUCCAGAAUCAAAGAGCCAAGAUGAAGAAGAUUGCUCGCAGGCAGCAGCAGCAGCAGCAACAGCAGGAGCAGGAGCAGCUGGGCAACCCGCGUUUAGGGACCGGCCGUGGGACAGGCCGCAGCAGCAGACAGAGUAAUGAUGACAGUGAAGAUGGAGCAAGUGUUCACGGAUUAGAUGGGCUCAUGGUCCCAUAUCCCAGGAUUCCCCAGCAGCAGCUGCUGCCGCUGGAUCAGAACAGCUACAGCACAGACUUGUACAGACAAGGACUCACGCCGCCCCAGCUGCCAGGAGACCAUCUGCAUCCCUACGACUCUGAAGGCGUUUUCCAUGACAUGGACAGCGACAGCAUCAGCCACUUGGGAGACUGCCUGCUGUCAACAGCUGAAGCCAACCUCCUCCAAGCCCGAGUGGGUAACCCCAUUGACCGACUCUACUCUAUGCAGAGCUCCUACUUCACCUCCUGACCGUGGAAAGGGUCCUGGCCCUUUUGUGAGUGUCUUGGACAGACGUUCUGAAUUCAGAAUGAGGAGGAGAAACAACCCUUCAGAGAAACUCUUUGAACCCUGCACAAUGGAAAAGGCAGCUGGGUUUGCCAAGCACAUAAGCACUAAUUCAUGAGGACCUUCCACAGCCCAGAGGACUCAACUGCGUUGCCUUUCCCCUCCUUUUCUCUAGCCACAAGUAGAUGGGUGACAUGAUGUUGUUUAGCUGUAACUGUAGCGGUUUGUCCAGUGUUUACGCUUGAAAGCAUUACAUUCCUCAAACGAGACUGGCCAAGUUACCCAGAGUCAGGCUUGGAAGCAGCAUCUCCUCUGUCGGCUGCAUUUAUUUAAACCUUGGUGCAGCUGAUCCAUUUGCAGUGCCAUUGUGCCCCGCUGCGAGGGAUUUCACCAGCCUGCCCCCUCCUGAGCCUGCGUCAUGGGACAUUAAUUUUCCUUGGGGAAGGCCACUGACUGAUACCACUUUGAUACCACUGCCAUUUUGGAGGCUGCCUUCAAGGGGGGUGAUUUAGGCUUUUUAAUGGCUGACACCAUGGAGAAAUGUAAGACAGGUUGGGCCCUGAGGGAAACGGCUUUGCUUGGGGACAGUAUUCACCUUCAGGAACAGAUUAUUUGGUCUCUGUUAUGAUGCGAGGAAGCCAAGGGACAUGUCCCUGAAGAGUAACACAUCUAGAGAGGCGUAUCAGCCUCUCCCGACUGCCUCUGCGCCCCUCACUUUAAAAGGAGGCUCACUCCAUCCAUUCAAAGUAGAAUGAAGACCUCAUUCUCACAGCUGUAACACUGCAGAUGCUGUCUGCACUGGCUGCUGUUUGUUUCUUUUAAAACUAGUGGUGUGAACAGAUCUUAUUUUAAAAUGUUCUUACCAGAAACCCCUCCCUACAUGUUUCCAUCUCGAGUGGGAUUUCUCCCCCUAACCAUUUACCCAGUUCACUGGGACCGUCACAGCAUUUUGCUUCCCUCAAAUACAUGAGAAGAGGAAAGGGUUGAAUUGUGUUAUCUUGGAAUGUGCCCUGUGCCAAGUCACUUCCACUCCAACAGACUGAGUUUGUUCUUGGCUUUGAAGGCAACAGGUAGGAUGCCCAGCGUCCGCUGAGACCCCCGCACUGUUUCUUUGGAUGGGGAGAAGCAACACUUCUUCUCCAAGCAUGAAGCUCUUACAAGCUCUCAGUGUGGGGCAGUUUAGGAUUAGAGAUUAGCAGGCAGGUUUGGGGUGAUGGCACAGAAGGUUUAUAAAAGAUGCAACAGGCAGCAGCAGGAGAGCGUGAGUGGAAGUUUAAAUCAGAUAUUUAAGAAGAAAAUUCUUUACUCACUCACCCAGUAUUUUAUGUUUCAGAUACUGUAUGGACAGUUGGCACCCCCAGAAAUGGCAAAUGGUUCCCUGUGAGCCCCCUUUUGCGCAGGCUGGUGGAAGGAGUAAGAGUCUCCAUAAUUUGCCUUCCCUCAGUUAUUCAAACACUCACUGAGGAGAGGACAUCUCCAAUGGAAAAUAAUAACUUGGCAUGAGCAGGAUGCUGAUCCCUAGAGUUGCAAAUCCAGCAAUUAGAUUUGUGUUGCAGCUAUCAGAGAACCUGGCUCACUGAUGUUUCUGUACAGUGUGUUAAUUUUGGUUCUAAGCUCCCCCACCUCAUCAAUCUGGUUUCAAAGUUAUGCAAACCCUUCUCAAAUGGAGAGGAAGAAAAGGCUAAUAGUGAUCAUUGCUGUAUUUCUGUGGGAGCCAUUUGUGAACAUUAAUAAUCAUGAGCUUUAGGAGCACAGGAGACCCAUUCCCAAUAUGCGUUGCCAUCUGUCAGGAGUUCCCCAUCUAGUCAAGGGAGCUCAGAUUGUGGUGCAUAACUGAACCACAAUCUUCAUAAAGCUCAUAGCAUCAUUGCUUCCCCCAUUAAUACAGUUGUGUAAAUGUGCCAUUCACCCACGGGCAGUCCCUUGCCUCUUUGUUUACAAAACGAUACUUUUUAUCUGGAUUCUCCUACGGUCGUCAGUAUUGGAUGAUUUUUGCCUUCCAGGCAGUUGUGUAAAUAGUUUACAGAUAUUUUGAUGUUUCGUUUAAGGGAAGUGUCCUCUCCCGGGGAACUGGCAAUUUGUGAGUUACCUCCAUCCCCACAGGCAAGUUCUGUGGAAGCAGAUUUUCCCUGCUCCUUCCAGCCUGAGUUGCUGCACUCAGUCCGUUCCCACCUCUGUUAGUGUCUGUCUGCCCAUAAGAAAUUAGACUGAAAACUCCCAGCGCUGUUUCUUUCUUUCUUUCGGUGGCUUUUGCACUAGAAAUGGUCUCAGUUUAGAUUAAAUUUUAAGAAAAUGUUUCAGUGAACCAUGUGCAAAUUGAUAUGUUUCCUCCAAGUGCCGGAGGCAGCUUCACCCCUGAAAUCCUACCCUUACUCCCGUUGUGAUCCAGUGCUGUAAUGUGCCAGUGUUUUUGCAUGUACAUUUGGAAAUAAAAACAAACUUAAAGCUGAAGUCUAAAGUUUGCCUAAGCACAGAA